UCUUUGGCUACUCCGUUUGAAAUUUGAGGAGACCAUUGAGCAUUCCCCCACAAAAGAAGGCCAACAGAAGGUCUAAUUCAUGUCCCUUUUUUGUGCAUGGAGUGCAGCCACUCCUUCAAAUUUCCUCAGCUUUCAACGUGCACAUGUACAGCAAACUUGGAUCGAACGAUCGCAGUCUAUGAUUUUGUUCCAUGGCGUGAUUUGGUUGGAUGCGUUCUGACGCAAAUAAAAAAAAAAAGCAAUGGCAUAACGUAUUGUAAACUUAACCCGUAGGCCAACUUAUUGCUUUUUAGUUUGCUUCCACCACCAAUCCGCUGCAUCCUAAACAGCCAAAUCAAAGGUUUUCAGCUUAAGAGUUGAAAUUUCUUCAAGAUAUUGUCACGAAAGGAAAUGUCGGAUACUACCUGAUACUCUAUUAAGGGGCAUUUCCUAUUGGUAGCAUUGCUGGUAACAAGUGACAUCAGUUGAGUCAGCCACAAUGGAUGGAAACGGACAAAACACUUGCGUCAAGUUCUUGAAGACGCUUAGUCGAAAGAAGCAGUUUAGCCCAGAUGAAGACACGUAUUCGACGCCUUUACGACGUUACCUGAGCACUAUCGACCUGACUUUCCUUGGCAUUGGUUCCAUGUUUGGUGCCGGGUUGUAUGUCCUGACUGGAACCGUUGCCAAGGAAUAUGCCGGUCCUGCCGUGUUUAUUUCCUACUUCAUCGCCGGUCUGGCUUCCUUGUUCGCUUCGUUGUGCUAUGCAGAGUUCUCGUGUCGGAUUCCAAGGACCGGUUCUGCGUACCUGUUCACUUAUGUCACGAUUGGUGAGCUGUGGGCAUUCCUUAUCGGAUGGAACAUGAUCCUCGAGUACACUGCUUCUGCUGCUUCGGUUGGACGCUCCUUCAGUGGUUACAUCGAUGAGCUAUCGAAUGGAGCUUAUUCGAACUUCACGAUAACCUACGUAAUGGGGAAUAAAACAUGGGACGUACCAUUUAUAGCCCCAUAUCCUGAUAUCCUGGGAGCGGCAUAUUGUCUAUUUGUCAUGAUCUUUGUUCUUCUCGGGGUAGGAACAUCAUCGACCUUGAACAAUAUCUUCUUAGUGGUUAAUGUUAUUGUCGUAGGAAUCAUUGUCGGGUUGGGUGCAAAGUAUGUGAAUAUAGAGAACUGGGAAGGACCAGGUGGAUUCACUCCAUAUGGUUUUAAGGGGGUUAUAACAGGAGCAGCGACGUGUUUCUAUUCAUACGUUGGUUUCGACGUCAUUGCAAUAUCUAGUGAGGAGACUCUGAACCCAAGAAAAAGUAUACCCAUCGCAAUGGUUUCAUCUAUUGUUAUCAUAACAAUCUUAUACAUGAUUCCAUCAGCAAUACUGACAUUGAUUAUACCAUAUUGGAAACUUAAUGCCGCCUCCGCCUUUUCGCAGGCCUUCCAAUACAAUGGUGUCCUAUGGGCCGAGUGGGUGGUUGGGGUUGGAGCCAUAUGUUCUACCUUUACUUGUAUCUUAACGUCCCUCUUUUGUCUGCCUCGAUCCCUGUACGCGAUGGCAUCAGAUGGACUGAUAUUUGAAUUCCUUGCCACAGUCAACAGCAGGACCCAGGUACCUGUCACCGCCGGGAUCAUAUUCGGAUUCUUCGUUGCCCUCCUAGAUAUAUUUUUCACCUUAGUAGACCUUGUCGCGUUUCUAUCGAUCGGUGUUCUCUGUGCCUAUGCCAUUGUUGCAGCUUCAAUAGUGGUGUUACGCUACAGACCUGGUGGCUACAACAUCAACGUCAGCAUCCACGAUUCCUUUUUAAGAGAUCAGUACGACGCAAAAGGUGACAAUCACAAUCUGAUGCCCUUGGAAUAUCCUCUGCGCUCGGCAUCAUCGGCAGAUCCCAUCGUGACCCACACGGAUAAUGCCUAUGAUCUCCAUCUUGCUGGGACUCUAAUAGAAAAAUACAGAGGAUGGCCCAUCAUAUGGCGGCUCUAUGGCUACACACCAGGAAAGGUCGUCUUAGUGGCCCUUCUCGUAGGAGUCCUAUUUGGGGUCGGAGCCAUCGCCAUUGUUCUCCAUGGAUACGAGUAUUUAGCUGCUUGUGACUGGUGGGCCAUCCUCCUUUUAAUUUCGACGUCCAUUGUGAGUUUGACCUGUUUUAGUUUAAUACCUCUGCAUUACCAGAACGACCCGGGUCAGCAGUUCAGUGUUCCCUUUGUCCCCUUGGUACCUAUUCUGAGCGUUCUUCUUAAUUGUGGAUUGAUGCUUAUGCUUACUCUUAUCACAUGGAUCCGGUUCUUUGUAUGGAUCGCCAUAGGCUUGUUGAUAUACGCCCUCUAUGGAUAUAAACACAGUAAAGUGGGACAGCAAGCGAGACAAGAGGCUGAGGAAGCACAGAGCGGCUCAUCAACUAGUCCAACGCCCUCUUACGGCUCUCUACAGAACGAUAGAAACGGUAUCUUGACGCCAAGCUGAUAGAUGCAGUGUCCGUUGAAAUGAAAUAGAAAAUAUACUUUAUCUGUCGUUUGAAUAAACGCAUUCGGGCGACCUAAAGUUUAUCCUGGCGAUAAGUUGGCUUUAGCACAAGCAGAAAUCAAAUAGAGAAAUUAAUGGUGAAGAAUGAUGAUCCAUUAACGAUUAAGAGUUACGUAAUUAAAGCUUUUCAUUUGUGACGUCAUACAUGUAUGAGCGGCCCCUUCAUAUCAAGUAGUAUGAAUUCAAUAAAUUCCAUGGAACAUGACUGGUAAAAUAAGUAAUUAAAGGGGGUAUAUCAUGACCCGGCCCCUCCCGAGAAUAUAUAACCACUCUCUCUAUUCAUAAUUUUUCCCCAGAAUUUGGGGGAAUUCAAAUCACAUGCACAAAACGAUUACGGACUCGGAUUGAUCGUCUGUUAGGUAACAAAAAGUAAUCAAUUUAUAACUCGCUCAUUUUCUGAUGGAUUUCAUCGAAACUUCACCACUAUUUUUCUCUAUUCCGUUUUUUGCCUUUACUAAAAUUAAGUCAGGGUCAGCUUGCCCGAUCUGUUUGAGGAGCGUUUUAUAAUAAGACUUGUCUAUUUUUGUCCAAAAGUUGUCAUGUAAGUCAGUCAAACAUUUGUCGUUCUGCGUUUGAAAAAUGCACCAUCAUGGAAACCCGCAGUUAUUAUUGUACCAUGAUAUCAUUGGUCGAUAGCAAUUAUUUCAAUCUCGGCACACAUUAUAGUAACCAUAAUUGUAAUUCCCAUGGAGGGGCCCCAAGACCUUGAACAGUUACUGUUAUAGGUUUUCUUUUCAUACGCAGAUAUUGAGUCUAUUUCAUGUUCUCAAAGAUGUGUUUUGAUUGUAAGACGAG